AUGGCAGAACCCUCAACGAUAUUCGAGGCCGCCACAGCAUGUCGUCUCCUGCUCAGAACGGCCACAACAACCCCACGGCUGAUGCAAGAAGAAUGGGCAGAAAACAGACUGGCAGACUUCAAUCUCUGGGCUAUGGGCGCUGGUGCUACUAGCACGAUGAGAGCAUCGCUGGAUCAUCGACUACGCGCCAACCCGGAAGCGCAUACUAUUCUGCUCAACCUGUUGUUGAUGCUGAAGAUUCUCAUACAAAAAUGUAUAGACGGAGCCCGUGAAAUUGAGGAUCCCACCGCGAAUCUUUCCAGCGGGCAAUUGGCUAGAAUGAAGAAUGUUGAAGACAGCUUGAACCAGCUUACACGGCUAACGAUUGCCAUCCGAAAAGCAGGAACCAGGUCUCGACUUCAAAAGGCAGAUAGCUCGUUUGACCCCGACAGUCCCCAUAUUCGUUCACUGCGUCGGCACCUUGAGGUCCUUCUCUUGGUGCGGCCUGACGAGCAUGGGAAUUCAGAUUAUAGCGAACAACAACUUGACCCAAUACGAUUGAGCCCAAUCCAAUUCCGGCUGAUUGAGGCCAACUUGAAAAGACGAAAUCGCUUUCUAUACGCACAGCGACACGCUCAGAAACUCGAGGGAAAUCUGGGACACACAAAGAACACACCAAGGGGGAAAGAGGCGUCGGGAAAGCAGUCACAACGUUCGGCCGUUAAUCCCCUUUCGCAAGGAGGGGUAGCACUUGUAAGGGAUGAUGCACGAGCUCAAAGCACGACAAGCGCCACUCACGUCGAUGAUGCGAUUGAAAUUCCGCCCGAGCAAAUACCCAGGAAGCACCUUAUGGGAGAUAUUCUUCCAUAUACAUGUAUUGUCGAGGAGUGCUCUCGCACCGAUACGUUUCAUAUGAAUAAAGAAGCCUGGUUGAUCCAUAUGAACGAAGAACAUGGGGGCACUAUGCAAUGGGUAUGCCAUGCGUGCUCUCAGAAAAACAUCUAUGCCACAUUUGGGAAAUCGGACGACUUCACUGCACAUCUCGAACAGCAGCAUGGCAAGGGAAUUAAGCCAGGGCAGAUACCUAUGUUGCUUUCGUCAUGGCGGCGCAAAGUCCCUUUCAAAAUUUCUGCUUGUCCACUUUGCUCCCUUCAGAGUGAUGAUCAAACCGCUCUACUUGACCACACUGCUGAGCAUAUACACUCGUUCUCGUUGAGGUCUUUACCCUGGGCUCCGAGAGAACGCUUGGAAGAAGACAACGACGACCAGCAUAACGACGACGACGACAAAGAAGAAAAAGACGGGAAAUAUUUCAAAGACCAUGCGUAUUUUGACAUUAACAGUUGCUGGUCAGAGCCCUCGGCGAGUUCGCCUCGAGGGUCACAGCUGGCCACGGAUUUGGAGAGCAUUGCGGGCUCGGAUUCUACGGCAUCAUUCCAUUCCGUGCACGAGCAGCGACAGCAACUAACUGAAGGUCUUCUCAACCAAAUGCCCCAAGAGCUAUUAGGACAGGUCGGUACAACUGAUUGGUUGGAUUCACUUGCUAUAGAUAGCGACCCUGAAGAUCGUCUGGGUCUAAUCCUAGGAAACCAAUUCAGGUUGACGAGCAUUCUGGGCGUGGGUGCCUAUAUCGUUGUUUACCAUGCUCUAGACAUGGACACGCAUAGUGUUUCAUAUGCGAUCAAGGCCCUCAGUAAGAUCGGCAAAGACGCUCGCCAGCUCAAGUUCCUACAGGAGGAGGUCAGACUAAACCAUGAGGUUAAUUCGCAUCCUAAUAUUGUUUCUUUGCUGCGCAUCGUUGAUGCUGUCGAUUGCCUCUAUCUAGUAUUCGAGUAUUUCCCGGAAGGUGACCUUUUUGCCAACAUCACGGAGAAGGGCAGAUUCGUGGGGAACGACGUUUUGGUAAAGCAUGCCUUCUUGCAGAUACUUGACGCCGUCCAACAUUGCCACUCACUUGGAAUCUACCACCGAGACCUCAAGCCUGAGAAUAUUCUCCUUGCGGAUGAAGGGAUGACUAUCAAGCUCGGUGAAUUUAGCCUGGCUACCAGAGAAACGUCCACCUCGGAUUUUGGCUGUGGUUCGUUAUUCUACAUGUCACCCGAGUGCCAGAAUCCAGACCCGCCUCCAGGUUCAACCUACCUGAGCGGUCCCAAUGAUGUGUGGAGCCUUGGUGUGAUCCUAGUCAAUUUGACUUGCGGCCGCAACCCAUGGAAACGAGCUUGCUCUGAAGAUGCCACAUUCCGUGCCUACUCGAAGGACCCUUUCUUCCUCAGAACAAUCUUGCCUUUCACAUUCGAAAUGGUCGUUAUCCUCAGUCGGAUUUUUGUACUCGAUCCAUCCAAGAGAAUCACCAUUCCCGAGCUCCGCAGCUUGAUUGUAGACUGCACCGGUUUCACCGAAGUCCCUAUGCCUCCUCAAUAUAAGGCAAGCAGGCAACCUCAGACCCUUGCACAGAAUCUCGAGGAGCCCCUCCAGACGCUGAGUUUGUCACCCGAGGAUUCGGUACUGGAAAUGCCGCCAGAUAAUCCGAAUCAUAUGCUUGCAACUUCUCCAUUGCCCAGUACAGCUGAGGACGAGGAUAACACGAGCAUAUUCCAGGACGGUUGGGGGCUCUAG